GCUGGGCAGCUGGACAGCUGUGGACAGAGGCCGGGAGCAGCAGGCCAGUUCCUGUGUGAGUGGGUGCAAAGUCCAGCUCCAGAUAGCCUGCCCUGAAGGGACUCACAUGCCAGAGGUCAAGAAGUGUUAAGAAGGUGUGGGGGCCACCACUUUACCAGGUGGCCAACCAGGAAGACCUUACCUUACCUCUCAGCUGGACCGUGCCUCUGCUCUGUGGAUCAAUCAGCAGAGGAAGACAGAUCUACAGAGAGCUGGAGGAGGCUGCCAAGGGGAGCAGAGAGCAGGGCUCACACAGGUGGCUGCAACCCCAGCCUUGCUGGCUUUUCUGUGUCUCCAAGGAAGGGAGCAUCAUGCUUGGCCCUCACUUCCCACCCUCGCAGCUUGGGGCCAGCAAAGGGACACCUUCCCCCUACAGCUUCCAGAUCCCUGAUGGGAGCUACAGGUGCCUGGCCUUGGAGGCAGAAGAGAGCAGCAGUGAGGAGGGCCUGCAGGGAGAGGUGGGGCUCAUGGAGCUGGAAGAGGAUGAGGUGACCUGCAGAGCCACACAAGGGCUGCCACAGCUGCCCAGAGUGCUGGGCACUCGGCCACCCAGCUGCUCCAGCGAAGCACGACGGGAGACCCAGUAUGAUGACAGGGUCAGCCAGGACUGGGAUGUGGUGACAGCCCGGCGGGUGAUGAUAGCCAGCCCCAGCACUGGCCCUGAGCUCAGGGUGGGCCAGAAGCCAGCCUUGGGCCAGAGCACCAGCCUCGCUGAGAAGGACCUGAAGGAGGCCAAGGCACGGAGCCAGCAGAUCGCAGCCCAGCUCACCACCCCUCCCAGCUCCAGCUCUCGGGGUGUCCAACUCUUCAACCGGCGCCGACAGAGGGUGAACGAGUUCACCUGGGAGAGCCACGGGCAGAGGGGGCCAAAGCCCAGCCAGGAGUCCCUCAGGGUGCUCCCUGCGAGUCCACCAGGCCAUGCUCCAGGGCUCCACCUGAAUUCAUCUGCGCCAUCCAAGCCAGGCCCUCCUAGGCUCCCCAACCCCCAGAGCCCCAGCCGAGGGGUCCCUGGCCACAGCAUGGAGGGGUACUCGGAGGAGGCCAGCUUGUUGCGGCACCUGGAGGGGGCCAGUGAGGAGGAAGAGGUGCCUCUGGUGGUAUAUUUAAAAGAGAAUGCAGCCCUGCUGACAGCCAAUGGGCUCCACCUGUCCCAGAACCGGGAGGCCCAAGAAUCCCUGCCACCCGCUCCUUCAGCUGAGGGCCACAGUCCAGCUACAGAUGUCAACCAAAACCUGUCCUCACCUGGCACCACGCUUACCACAUCAGUUUCUAACAGUAACUGCAACCCUCCAGCCACAGACAUCAAUCAGAACCCCCCGAUAACUGUCAUCCCGCAGAGCCCAGCACUUUCUGGGGUCCAACAGAAUUCACCCGUAGCACAGCACACAACAAAUGGCACCACACCGGAGUCCAGACCCAGCAACGUGUGUGCUGAUGGGCCACCCCAGGCGCCAGUAGAGGAAAUGAUGUCCAGCAUACUCCUAGUUGAUAAGGUAUCAACUCCAUCUACUACCACCGGCACCUUCUGUAGAGAAGCCACUCCCAUCCCCAGCUCUGGUCCUCCAGGUCCAGAUUUCAUGUCCAGCUCCCUGCUCAUCGAUGUCCAACCCAGCACCCUAAUGAUGUCAGCAGAGCCUGAGAUGUCUGGGCGGGCACCUGCCACCACGCCUACCAAGGUAUACAGUGAGGUCCACCUCACCCUGGCCAAGCCUCUGUCAGUGGUCAAUAGGACGGCCAGGCCUUUUGGGAUCCAGGCAGCAGGAGGUACCAGCCAGGUGGAGCGGAGUCCCAUGAUGGAGAGACGACACUUUGGGGAGAAAGCCCCAGCUCCCCAGGCUCCCACCAUGGUAGACAGGAGUCCUCGGCCUCAAAGACAUAUCAUGUCCCACAGCCCCAUGGUAGAAAGGAGGCUGGUGGGGCAGCGAAGCCCAGCCCUGGAGAGACGGCCCUUGGGGAACUUCGCCCCACCCCCUACCUAUGCAGAGACCUUGUCCACAGCCCCCCUGGCUUCUCGGGUUCGGUCUCCCCCUUCUUAUUCUGCCCUGUACCCCAGUUCUGACACUAAGCCUUCUCAUCUGAAGGGCCAGGCAGUUCCCACCAGCAAGACAGGCAUAUUAGAGGAGUCCAUGGCCCGCCGGGGCAGCCGUAAAUCCAUGUUCACCUUUGUGGAGAAGCCUAAGGUGACCCCGAACCCAGACCUGCUGGAUCUGGUGCAGACGGCUGAUGAGAAGCGGAGGCAGAGAGACCAGGGGGAUGUGGGUGCUGAGGAGGAACCCUUCGCACUGGGGGCCGAGGCCUCCAACUUCCAGCAGGAGCCUGGCCCUCGGGAUAGGGGCAGCCCUGCAGCAGCUGAAGAUGCUGUCCCCGAGUGGGCCUCCUGCCUCAAGUCGCCCCGCAUACAGGCCAAGCCAAAGCCCAAACCCAACCAGAACCUCUCCGAGGCCUCUGGGAAGGGAGCAGAGCUGUACGCCCGCCGCCAGUCACGGAUGGAGAAAUACGUCAUUGAGUCUGCAGGCCACACAGAGCUGGCCCGCUGCCCAUCUCCCACCAUGUCCCUACCUUCAUCCUGGAAAUACUCCACCAGUGCCCCAGGGGGCUUUCGCGUAGCGUCCCUCAGCCCUGCGCGGACACCACCCGCCUCCCUCUACCAUGGCUACCUGCCUGAGAACGGAGUCCUGCGCCCAGAGCCCACCAAGCAGCCGCCCUACCAGAUGCGGUCCUCGCUCUUUGUCCUCUCACCCAUCAAGGAGCCUAGCAAGGCCUCAGCCCGACAACCACGAGUGACCUCGUCCCGAGCGGCCUCAACCCGAGUGGCCUCACCGCGAGCUGCCUCCCCUGCCAAGCCAAGCUCCCUGGACCUGGUGCCCAGCCUGCCCAAGGCUGGGCUCCCGCUGUCACCUGCCCUGCCACGGCCCUCCCGCUCCUCACCUGGCCUCUACACCUCUCCUGGCCAGGAUGGCCUCCAGCCCACUGCUGUGAGCCCCACCUACAGCAGUGAUGUCUCCCCUGUGUCUCCCUCCCGGGCGUGGUCUCCCCGAGCCAAGCAGGCUCCCAGGCCCUCCUUCUCUACCCGGAAUGCUGGGAUCGAGCCUCAGGACCGCCCAGAGAGCCUACCCACCUCCCCGCCCUGGACGCCCGCCGCGUCCCGGCCCCCCAGCAGCCUGGACGGCUGGGUGAGCCCAGGGCCAUGGGAGCCGGGGCGCGGGAGCAACAUGAGCAGCCCCCCGCCGCUGCCGCCACCGCCCAUGUCCCCAUCGUGGAGCGAGCGCUCCGUGUCGCCGCUGCGACCAGAGAUCGAGAUGCGUCCCCCCAGCCGCCAGCUGCAGGCGCUCUUGGCGCGGAACAUCAUCAACGCGGCCCGGCGCAAAAGCGCCUCCCCGCGGCCGGCGGGCACCGAGAGUCUGCGGCCCUUCUCCCCGCCCAGGGUGCCGCCGCCGCCGCCGCGCAUGCGCUCGCCGCAGCCUGUGCACCCGGGUCCCGGCCAGGGCACCGCCCGCGUGGCGGCGUCAGGUCCAGUCGUGCGCUCAUCGCUGGCGAUGGGGUCCGUGUCCUGCACCGCUCCCUGCAGCCCUCUACCUGCGCCGCCUAGGCCACUCCCCUACCGCCGCUCGCCCACGGACUCCGACGUGUCCCUGGACUCCGAAGACUCCGGGCUCAAGUCCCCUGGCAUCCUUGGCUACAACAUUUGCCCCCGCGGGUGGAGCGGCAGCCUGCGGCUCAAGCGCGGCAGCCUUCCCAGGGAGGCCUCGUGCACCACCUAAGCAGGGGCCGCAGCCCCACCGGGAUGGCGAGCCGGAUGGCGGACGGCGAGGCCUCGGGCUUGGGGGACCCAUCACCAGCACCCUUUAAAUAGCCCUGGACGUAUGGUGCCAACGAAGGAGAGCUCUGGUCUUCCCGGAAGAGUAGGUCCCCGGGCGUAGGUUCUAACCCCUGCUCUAAUCCCGCUGUGUGACUGGCAGGACUCUGCCUGCGUGGGACCCGCAGCUUUCACUUCUCUGUACUGCGGCCCUGGGCAAGGCAGUCUGCUAACAUCUAAAUGUCCAGUUCCAUCAGCACACACGCUCGGGCCUUAAAGGCGGCAGUCGUGCACAAGGACCCUUGGGCAUGCUGUGGUCCAGGUCACCCC